AUAGCUGAAGACAACCUGUAGCUUCCAGCAUGGCAUUGUCCAAUAAUACUAAUUUCCACUCCAGUACCUUUUUUCUUCUUGGCAUUCCAGGGAUGGAGGCCAUCCACAUAUGGAUAUCAGUGCCCUUCUGUCUUGUUUAUCUGUGUGCUAUCCUAGGAAAUGUCUCUAUUCUCUUUAUUAUCAGAAUGGAUUCCAAUCUGCAUGAGCCUAUGUAUUUCUUCCUCUGUAUGCUCUCUGUGGCUGACCUGAUCAUCUCCACCACUGCCAUGCCCAAAAUCCUCAGCAUAUUUUGGUUCCAUGACAGGGAGAUCUAUUUUGAAGCCUGCCUUGUGCAAGUCUUUCUCAUUCAUUCACUAUGCAGUAUGGCCUCGGGGUUUAUCUUGGCCAUGGCCUUUGACCGCUAUGUAGCCAUCUGCAAACCUCUGAGACAUUCCACUAUUCUGACACAUAGAGUUAUCAAGAACUUGGGGCUGGCUGUUGUCUUCCGUGGGAUUUUGCUUUUCAGUCCUCAGCCCUUCAUGCUUCGGUGGCUCCCCUACUGCAGAACUAAUAUCAUCCCUCACACUUACUGUGAAUUCAUGGCCCUCAUCAAGCUCGCUUGUGCAGAGACCAGGAUCUGCAGAAUGUACAGCCUGACUGCUGCCUUCCUUACUGGGGGUUUAGAUUUCAUUUUAAUCAUAUGCUCCUACGUGGUCAUCCUAUACACCGUUUUCCAUCUCCCAUCCAAAGCUGCUCGGCUGAAGACCUUGGGCACUUGUGGAUCCCAUGUGUGUGUGAUUUUAGUGGCCUACACUCCAGCCUUUUUCUCUUUCCUUACUCACAGGUUUGGGCGCCAUGUGGCUCCUCAUAUUCAUAUCUUUGUGGCUAACAUCCACCUCCUUGUCCCACCCAUGGUGAAUCCAAUGAUCUAUGGCAUAAGAACCAAGAGGAUUAGAGACGGGUUCGUCCAAGUUUUGACUUCUCACAAAUCCUGAAAUAACCAAUUCUUCUAACACAUUUCCUUGCCUUAUG